CCCGGCUCCGGCUCCUGCUCCGGCCCCGGCUCCUGCUCCUGCUCCUCCUCGGCCCCUCGCAGACCCCGGGCCGCAGAGUCGGGAAGCGACCGGCCCCGACCCCGGCCGCCAUGGAGCUGAGAGUCGGCAACCGGUACCGGUUGGGCCGGAAGAUCGGCAGCGGUUCCUUCGGAGACAUUUAUCUCGGCACCGAUAUUGCUGCCGGGGAGGAGGUGGCCAUCAAGCUAGAAUGUGUCAAAACCAAGCACCCUCAGCUCCAUAUCGAAAGCAAGAUCUACAAAAUGAUGCAGGGCGGAGUGGGCAUCCCCACCAUCAAGUGGUGCGGGGCCGAAGGGGACUACAACGUCAUGGUGAUGGAGCUUCUGGGCCCGAGCCUGGAAGACCUCUUCAACUUCUGCUCCCGGAAAUUCAGUCUCAAAACCGUCCUCCUCCUGGCCGACCAAAUGAUCAGCCGGAUCGAAUACAUCCACUCCAAGAACUUCAUCCACCGGGACGUGAAGCCGGACAACUUCCUCAUGGGGCUGGGCAAGAAGGGCAACCUGGUGUACAUCAUCGACUUCGGCUUGGCCAAGAAGUACCGGGACGCCCGCACCCACCAGCACAUCCCCUACCGCGAAAACAAGAACCUCACGGGCACGGCUCGCUACGCCUCCAUCAACACCCACCUCGGAAUCGAGCAAUCUCGCCGGGAUGAUUUGGAGUCACUGGGCUACGUGCUGAUGUACUUCAACCUGGGCUCCCUCCCUUGGCAGGGGCUGAAGGCAGCCACCAAGAGGCAGAAAUACGAGCGGAUCAGUGAAAAGAAAAUGUCCACGCCCAUCGAAGUGUUGUGUAAAGGCUAUCCCUCCGAAUUCGCCACGUACCUGAAUUUCUGUCGCUCGCUGCGGUUUGACGACAAGCCCGACUAUUCCUACCUGAGGCAGCUGUUCAGGAACUUGUUCCAUCGCCAGGGCUUCUCCUACGACUACGUGUUCGACUGGAACAUGCUCAAGUUUGGUGCCAGCCGAGCAGCCGACGACGCCGAGCGAGAGCGCCGGGAACGAGAGGAGCGGUUGAGGCACUCCCGGAACCCGGCCACGCGGGGCCUCCCGUCCACGGCCUCCGGCCGGCUGAGGAGCACCCAAGACGUGGCUCCGCCCACGCCGCUCACCCCUACCUCACACACGGCUAACACCUCUCCCCGGCCUGUCUCCGGGAUGGAGCGGGAGCGCAAAGUCAGCAUGAGGCUGCACCGGGGGGCCCCCGUCAACAUCUCCUCGUCGGACCUGACGGGCCGACAAGACGCGUCCCGCAUGUCCACCUCACAGAAUAGCAUUCCCUUCGAGCACCACGGCAAGUAGCUGCCCGGCUCCCCGUCGGAAGGCGGCACUGGAUUCCCGGUCGGGCGGCUUCCAGCGGUCUUCAGCCUGUCGUGCACCGAUGAGAAACCUCCUUCGGGCAGCGAAGGAACAGAUAAUGCAUGGCUGAUCUACUAUGUUCCCAAUGGCUUUCCUAGUGAACGUCCCCCCCACCCCCGACCUAGAACAGAAACGUCGACACCGGGAGCUCUCCGAGCCGCCUCCCCUCCGCCCCGCGACGCUCCCGGGAGCGGGGAAGAAAUCAAAAGCAAAACCGGACAGAGGCCAAGCGCCGCCGUCAGCGGGGGCCGAGACCCGACGGGCCCUCCUCGCAAGUGGACUCCCUAAGUCACGAGGAUGCGAGGAUGACAGAGGAGAGAAAGGGGGGGGGGGGGGUAGAUGACGGGUAAAGAAAGCCCACUUCCCGUUGAAGAAUCCCUUCAGUUCUCCGUCUGGUGGUAAACUUCCGCUCCCUCCUUUUUAUCGCUCUUCUGUAACUCUACGUCUCUCACUCGGUUCAAGACCGUUUUGUAGCAGUUGGCUAAAGAUGGUCGGCUUCGGUCCGUGUAAAAGAAUCCCGUCCUCUUCCGCCCCCCCUCCCCGUCCCCACCCCCGGCGUCCGUUUGCUGUGUCUUCCUCUGACUGAAAGAUGUCAACUCUGGAGAACUCCCACAGCCGAGUCACUCGCCCGCUCGGAGUUGGCGCGUGGAUUGGAGUCAGGCGGCGGGGGGGGGGGGGAUGUGAAUUAAAGUGGUUGGAUUUUAUUUAAGCCGUUUAA